CAAGACAAAGAACAAUCAGAAGAGAUGCCAUGAAGUAACCCUUCCACCAAACACCAACCCUUUACCUUUAUCCCCUUCCACAUUUCCAUCUCCCUAACACCUUUUUCCCCUUCUAUGAUCAUAUUCAUCUUCCUCUCAAUGUAAUCACAUAGCCAUGGCUACUGUCUUUCGUCCCCUUUUCUCUAAUUUCCUCUCUCUUCUCUUCCUCUUGCUUCACCUCGGCUGCUUCAUCUCAUCCCAAAAUCACUCUUCAAAAAAACGAAAACUCUCUUCUAAUCGCGAUUCUUCACCCCCACCACCGUCUACUCGUCUCAAAUCCUCAACCACCAACGUUAUUUCCUCUUCAUGGUCUUACAUCAAACGUAUUUUCUCAUCCAAUAAACAAAAAAUCAUCAACACCCGAACUCACCAUAACCCUUCAAUUCAAUCUCCCUGUUCUUCAACAAGGUCCCUUCAAAAACCCAUUUCAUCAGAUGACCCAAUUAACCGCUCCGUUUCUCCAAUACCCGAAUCCGAAAUCACCUCCGAUCAAUUAUUCUUCUCAUUACGAAACGAUAUCUACCCAUGUACUCUAUGUGGCGAAGUAUUCCAAAGCCCCAUUCAUCUCGACCAACACCAAUCGAUUAAACAUGCAAUUUCGGAACUCACAGAUGGGGAUUCCGGUAACAAUAUAGUUCGGAUCAUUUUCCAAACGGGUUGGGUUGAUAAAGCGAAGAACCCGGUUAUCAAUCGGAUCCUUAAGAUCCACAACAGCAAACGGAUCCUAUCCCGGUUCGAAGAAUACAGAGAAUGCGUUAAGCUAAAAGCAAGCCGAAACGCCGUCGUUAAGAGAGACGAAAGGUGUAUAGCUGACGGCAAUGAAUUGUUGAGAUUCCACUGUACUACCUUCAUUUGUGAGCUAGGACAAAAUGGUAAUUCCAGCAUAUGUACUCAACAGUAUUGUAGUGUAUGUGGAAUUAUAAAAAGUGGAUUCUCACAUAAGAUGGACGGAAUUUCCAUGCAACCUACCAGUUGGAGGGGACACGUGUCGGUACCUGAGGAGAUUGAGGAGGAAUUCGGGUUUAUGAACGUGAAGCGUGCGAUGCUGGUGUGUCGGGUAAUUGCGGGUCGGGUCGGGUCUGAUCCGGAUUAUGUGGAUAAAGAGGAUUCCGGGUUUGAUUCGUUGGUGGGUAGGGAAAAUGGGUCUCAGAUGAGAUUGGAUGAAGAAGAUGAACUAUUGGUAUUUAAUUCAAGGGCUGUACUACCUUGUUUUGUUAUAGUGUAUACGGUAUGAUUAGUGAUAAUUAAUAUGCUGUGUGUUAAUUAUUCCAUAAGAAAUUUGGUGUUAAUUUUCAGUAUUACUACAACUUAAUAAUAGAAUAGUACUUAAUCUAGUGUGUGUGUGACUGAAUCUCAAUUUAGGUUCAAGUAAUUUUAUUGCAAUUGAGCAUGUUUGAGAGAGUUAAAUCGAGCUGAAGUUAUG